AUGCCACCUGGUGGUCACGAGAACAUCGAGUUCAGAUUCCCGGAUACCUCCGACGAUGAUCCUGAUUUUGAUGACCCCAAUUCUAAAAUUCUAGAGGCUAAACGGCGUAGAUUAGGGUUGACAGAACGUGAGGAAUCACCUUCAGAGGCCCGGGUGUCGACAAACUCCGAGACCGAAUCCGAGCCCGAGAGCGAGUCGGAGCCCGAGCCAUUCAUAGAUCUCGGGGAACUGCUCGAUCUGGCGAGAUCGUCGAAUCCCGAGCAAUUGCCCGUGCUUGAAAGACCAUCAGACCUCGAGAGCGAAAACCCGCACACCCCUACUUCCAUCCGGAAUGAGUUGCCGGUACGACAAACCAGGCAACUUAACAAGCGGAUCGACGAGGCGGUUGUGAUAGACAAGGAACAGAAUCCCAAGUACUGGGGUGGCUCAUGGAUGAAGGAGUAUGAGAGAGGGGGACAAAUAAAGGAGCAAGUUGAGGCUGCGUACGGGCAAGAAAUGAAGAAGAAGAAAGAAGAUACGGAGAGAAAGAGAAGGGAAAAGCAGGAGAGGGAACAAAUUCUAAAGGAGAAGAAGGAGAAAGAGAAGAAGAAAAGGGAAGAGGAGGAGAAGCAGAAGCAGGAGAGCCAAAGGAGAGAGCAGCUGGAACAACGGAGGGCGAGAGCGAGGGCAAAUGACAAGCCCAAAGACGUUUUGUCAAUGUUGCGGGAGAUGUUAGACGACGAAAAAAGAACUGCAGGCGUUCAGACUCGGCCAGAACUUAGAGGGAAUCAGAGCAUUGCGGAGAUGCAAAGACUGCAGAUAGCCAUUGAUGCAGUCAAAAUGUGGGAGCGAAAGAAGGAAAGGGCAAGGGAAAUCGAAAGAGGAAAAAGGGGAGAUAUAUGA